ACCGUUAUAAGCCGGUAACGGCGGCACCAGUCGCAAUGAACAUUUGGAAAAAUGGAUAUCUUCGCAGGAAAAUGAGUCCGCUUUACAGAGUCUCAAUCCGCCUCCUCGCAUUCCUUAUUCCUUCCUUUGUAUUCCCCCAAAACCCAAACUUGCCGUGGCCCCCGCUCCCAUGCCCUCCUUAAAGAGCUCCGUCGGAAGCAAGGGCGGCAAUCUCCACCUCGGCGCCGGCGGCAAGGCCGAGGACGACUUCUUCUACAGCGCGCAAGACGAGCGCUACGGGGCCCUCCGCUCCUCCUGGAUCAGCCGACUCCGCCUCCCGCCCCUCCCCCUCCAGCCCGCCAGUCGUCCUCCUCCUACUCCGGCGGCGGCGGCCCCCUAUUCUCUCCCGGCGGCUGCCGACCCCCCCUGCACCACCUCUUCCGGUGGCGGAGUCCUCAGACACAAGCACACCAUCUCCACCGACGAGUCCUGCACCCUGACCUCCAUCUCCAAUCUUAAUUCCGCCUUCACCGUCCCCCGCUACCUCAAUUACAUCCCCAAGAAGCCGGCCUCCCGGCUGCCGCCGACCCUGCCCCGGGCCCCCGUCGUCACCGGCUUCGGCCCGUUCCAGGUCAGGACCGGGAGGGCCCUGUCCCGACGAGCUGAGGGGAAUCCCGGCGGCGAUGGUGGGGAAACGGAGGCUCUUGGAAAGCGGGAUUAUGGAAAAGAUGGCAACUUUGCUUUGUUUCGGAGGAAGGCUCAUCUCGGGGAAGAACGAAGAGGAGAAGAGGUGGAUGGGGAACGGGGAAAGAUUGGAUUCUGCAAAGGAAGGCAGAAGAAACCUUUGAAUUAUGAGGAGAUUUGGGAUCGGAAUACAUCGUUCCUUCCACAGAAAAGGGUGCCUGAUGGCCCGAAUGCGGUUCGCCUGUCGCCAAUCUUUCAGUUUCAACCUCGUCUACAUCCCGGCUACUUGAAUGAUAGCAGGGUUAGUGGCCAUGGAGAUAUGGCCAGAGACACAGGGCUAUUUGUUCCUCCUCAAGGGGAGGUAGACUCUCACUUUGUGGACAAUUAUCCUACUUCUUCUUCACAAAAACUAAGUCAGACGAGGCCUGCAAGUAAUGAAAAUAUGUGCUCUCCGUUGGCGAAAUCAUACUUCCCUCCACGGGAUCUGAUCAAUGAGUCUGCAUCUCCGAGCCAGAGGGCUUACGAUCAACACUUAUCUGUCGAUCCAUGGCUGGCGAGUUCUUCUGUUCAAUGUGUAGCAAGAAGCAGAGGCGUUGUUUAUCAUGAUGGCACUGAUGACACUGCUCCAAGUAGAACAUUUUGGGAACCUCAUAUCUUGCAUCACAAUACAGCACCACGCCACCUUGAAAGACAUGCUCCUGCUCACAUGAGUGAGCCAGAGGAACCUUUUUCAUUUUGGAACAUGGGAAGAUCUAAGAGAAAGAACACUGUUUCCUCAGUCUCUCCAACAAUUGCUUCGACUAGCAAUCUUAGCGGGAAACAAAAUCCAAAUAUUAACUUUCUUCCUUCAAAGUCUAGGAAGCUGAGCUGCGAAGAUUAGAGGGUCAGUGUCCUGUCAAAUGAUCUGCUGAAUUUCAGAAGCCAUAGGUGGGAAGAUGAUAUACAGCAGCCGAACAUACUGAAGCAGAUAAUCAGUGUUAUUAAGGUCAUUAAGUUAAGAACAUGGGGAUGAUGGCCAAGCCAUUGGGUUUAGAUGAAAUUUUCACCUCAAGCACCCCAUUCCACCUAUGAGUUAUUGCAGCCUGUCGUUCAAUAUUUGUAAGCAGCAGUAGCUGUUGUUUUCAAGCAUUCAACAGAAAAUUUAACAUAUGUACUUUUUAAUGAUUAUGCAAAUUACUGCAUCUUUGCCUUAACUUUUCUUACAAUUCUCGGACCAUUGAAUAGUAUAUCCUGCAAA